ACCAGCGCCACCCAGCCACACAGUGUACGGACAAAUACUGGGCAGCUCGGGACAAACUCUUGCUCUCGUGCUGUGCUGUGUGCUGUUUCGGUGUUUGUGCGUGUCCGUUUUUUGAUACCGGAAAAUCCUACCGUGGAAGGAAAAAAGGCAGCAAAUCCUGACCAGAAAGGGCGGUCUUAUGCCGUCCCACCCCAUUUUCAAAAUUCGACCCUUGUGAAGAGAGAGAGCGAGACAGAGCGGGAGAGAGAGAAAGGCCGUGAGUAGGUGGUUACCCCGUCGGAAUAAAUAAAUAUUUACCAUCGGCCGUCGUGGAAGUUUGCUGACGGGUUGUCGUAAAAUUGAUUCACCAAACGAGCUCUGCAACGCGAGUUCUCGCUAUCAGGGGGAGAAAGUGGCUGGCGGUGGACCGUGGAGCACGAGUGAAAACGAUGCUGGUGAGGGCAACCAAUUCAAAGGACACAGAAGACACAACGUCGUCGACAGAGUUGGCCGACUCGGCAGAGCCUGGUGCAAUCUAUCCGCUGGCCGUGCACGACAGCAGCUUCAUGGAGGAACUGAAGGACACGAGCAUCCACCAUACGGCCCUUCGGCUGGCGGAGGACGUGAAGACGAUGAAGCUGUACGGGAAUCUCUACAAGAUGGUGCAAAAACUUUCCUGCUCUCCGGAGGUGGACAAGGACGACAUGAAGCAGACGCUCGAGACGGCGAUCAAGGCGAACGGGCUGGAGAUUGAGAUCCGCAACGUGAUCUACCAUCUGAUCCGGAACAGCGUAAAAAGUGACACUCGUCCAACGCCGGCCAGCAGCGAUCCGUUGAACUAUCUACGCCGAGCAGGUAUCCAAUGGGAACGACGGGUACGCAAGUCGUUGAACUCGAUGUGCUCGGAAUCGAAAGCGCAACUGCACGGUCAGAUGCGCACCGCAUCCGACCGGGAGGAGAUCCUCUCCAAGUGGGACGAGCUCAGCACCUAUCAGAUCGAUCUCAGCAACUAUCGACCGGUGUACGCUCCCAAAGAUCUGCUCGACGUGCUGCUAUCGCUCAAGGGACCGAUGAAGCAGGAUGAGACUGACUUUCUGCCGAAAUGGGAAUUCUCGCACAUUUCGCUCACGGUGAAGAAUCUGUUCGAGCUGCGGGUUCACUUUUCCGAGCUGCUGCGCAACGAUAACAACUUUGGCGACUGGUCGGUCACGUGUCAGAAGAUCCUGAAGACACGGCACGCCCCGCUGUGCCAGCAGGCGCUGAAGAAGGGAGUAACGCCGCCACCGUUACGGGGAGCGUUAUGGUCGUACGUGCUCGGCAGCCAAGUGGAGCAACAUCACGUGGAACACUGGGAAGCGCUACGGCAGUCCGUACUGACCAACGAGUCCAUCGUGGACAAGCUGGUGUUCAAAGACGUACAACUGACCGCUACGAACGAUGACCGUUACUUCGUGUUUGAAGAUGUGCUCUAUCAGAUUAUGCUCUGCUUUAGCAGAGACACAGAGAUUAGCCAGCUGAUACAGGUGGAGUUCACCAACUCGGCGAAAGCGAAGCAGUACGAAGGGCCACCGUGUGGGUUCGUGCCGUUCCACGGCAUCUGCAUGCUGGCCGCCCCGUUCUGCUACCUGUACGAUAAUCCCGUCUCGCUGUACUACACCUUCCGGGCGUUCUACAUCCGGUACUGCCAUCGGCUCACCACGAUCAACACCCAUCCGCAGGGGAUCGUGAGUUUGUGCCUGCUGUUCGAGAAGCUGCUGCAAACGCACGAACCACAGCUGUGGUCACACUUCCGGGAACUUCAAAUCCAACCGAUUCGUGUAGUGUUCAAGUGGUUGAUGCGCGCGUUCAGCGGCCACCUACCACCGGAACAGCUACUGAUACUGUGGGAUUUGAUUCUCGGGUACGACAGCCUGGAAAUACUGUCCCUGCUGGCCAUCAUCAUACUGAGCUUCCGGCGCGAAAGCCUCAUGCAGGUGACGUCGGUCGAAAACAUUGAAGCGAUCCUGUCCGAUCUGUCCUCCGUUAAAGUACUGCCGCUCAUACAACUGACACUGUCACGGGACUGAAACCCUGCCACUACACU